AUGUGGGCAGACGACGGCCUGCCAGCCACACUCUCCAAAACGGCCCAUGCCAAGACCCUUGCCGGCUCCCUCGACAUCGUGCGAAAGCAAGAGGAGAUCAUGGCACAUCUCCUCAACGAUCUAGAGUUCUUCCGUAAGAAAUUCAAGAGAUCAUUGGAAUACGACAGCGGCGCGGGAGACUAUGAGGAGGAGUGGGGAGAUGGGCAGUUAUACGAUGUCAGAUCCCAUACGGACGCCGGAAAUGGAAUGAUCAAGGAGGAAACAAUGGUGAACUUUGUCGGGUACAAGCUUGCUAUGGACAACUUUCAAAUGGGCUUUGAUAAGACGAAAGACCAAAUCGAGAAGAUCUGGGAAGCUUCUGAAGGUGGGAAGGAUUCCCUGGCGGUGCCGCGAUCUGGAUCGGACGGUCUGGAGGAGAGUUCCCUAGCGAUGCCCCAAUUUGAAUUGGACGGUCUGGCGAAGGGUCGCAAGAUUGCAGCCCAGGAGUAA